AUGACGAUGAUCUGCAACAAUGGGCAGUUGGGUGGUGGAGACACAAGGAUGACCAAAGUGUUCGUGGGAGGCUUAGCAUGGGAGACUUCAAAGGAGGCCAUGAGAGACCAUUUUGACAAGUACGGCGAGAUCUUGGAAGCUGUCAUAAUCUCCGACAAGGUCUCCGGCAGAUCCAAGGGCUACGGUUUCGUGACGUUUAAGGAAGCCGAAGCGGCUAAGAAGGCUUGCGAGGACGCCACGCCGAUCAUUAAUGGUCGCCGAGCGAACUGUAACCUGGCUUCUCUCGGGGCACGCCGCCCAAGGGUGUCCUCCACCCCGCCUCCACAACCAUCCACCAAUAUUGGACCGAGAUCUGCAUCACCUGGACCUGCGAGUCACGUGCAGUGGUACUAUCCGGCGAGAGCACCUGCAUCGCCGUUUCAUCAUCAGCACCAUCAGGCCGUUCCUUACUAUGGGUAUUCUCCGAACUUCAUUUCCACAGAUAUGAGUUACAACCACAAGUUAAGCUACACUGGUGGGUCCUACAUGAACCACGGCCAUUUCUCUCAAGUGUACACUGGUCAGCCAAUUGUGGGUGCAAACUCGUUGGUGCCAAUGUACCCUUUCUACCAUUUCCAUCAAUCGCAGACAAUGGGCCUCCCAGCCCACGUUUAUUCACCAAACACAGCUGGACCUAUGAUGACAGGCCCAACUCUGAUGUCAAAGCCCAUAUCAAUUUCUCCUCCCAAUACAGUGUGCUUGGCUGUGGAAUAGGUGCAGUUGGAACUGGUGGAGCUGUAAGAACAAUGGCAAAGAGCACUUAAUGGCAAAAAAACUAAAGGAGGGUGGUGGCUUCUCAGAAUAACCUUAUUAUCAGAUCUGCAGUGGCUUCUCUUUCCAUCGAUAUAUUCUUUUUUACUUUUAUUGUAUUCUAAUUCUGAUUCUUGGGCAUCUGAUUGGAUUCAUUCAUUCUCUCUCUUCCUAACCUGCAUCUCAACUUGGGUUGCAAAGCAAACAUUAGAAAAAUGAAUUAUUGUAACA